AUGGAAGUUAUGGACAGUAUCAGUCACGUGGACACUAUUGACAGUAUCAGUCACGUGGAGACUAUUGACAAUAUCAGUGACGUGGACACUAUUGACAAUAUCAGUGACGUGGACACUAUUGACAGUAUCAGUGACGUGGACACUAUUGACAGUAUCAGUGACGUGGAGACUAUUGACAGUAUCAGUGACGUGGUAUCAGUGACUGACGUGGACACUAUUGACAGUAUCAGUGACGUGGCGACUAUUGACAGUAUCAGUCACGUGGCGACUAUUGACAGUAUCAGUGACGUGGACACUAUUGACAGUAUCAGUCACGUGGACACUAUUGACAGUAUCAGUGACGUGGACACUAUUGACAGUAUCAGUGACGUGGAGACUAUUGACAGUAUCAGUGACGUGGAGACUAUUGACAGUACCAGUCACGUGGCGACUAUUGACAGUAUCAGUCACGUGGAGACUAUUGACGGUAUCAGUCACGUGGAGACUAUUGACAGUAUGAGUCACGUGGAGACUAUUGACAAUAUCAGUCACGUGGAGACUAUUGAGAGUAUCAGUCACGUGGAGACUAUUGACAGCAUCAGUGACGUGGAGGGAAUUGUCACAGUACAGAAAACAAAUUCCACGGAAAACAUCGAAUACCUAGUUUACCUGUGA